GACUGAGUUUUGUUUUGAAUCUCGCAUGAAAUAAUUAUAUUUUUUGAAUGGAACUUUUUAACUAAUUUUAAAUCAGAUCUGACUGCAAAUGCAUAUUUGGUAAAAUGAUGGAAUUCAAAAAAGUGUUCGGCCCGAACCACUUCUUGGUUAAUACAAUCCAAAUCUAUACAUAUUACGUCACAAGAUAAAAAUGUUUAUAAAUAAAUUAAAAACUCCAUCUAUAGAAUCAAAUGCUUAUUCUAAAAUGUCUUAUGUCACACUAUUUUUUAAAACAGAAUUGACUUGUAUACCAAGUAUACUCAGUAAAUGGUUAGGAGAUUAUUAUAAUAAUGCUCUUUGUAAUGGAGCAACAUGGGUAUUUUUAUUAUGGUGGAUAUUACAUACUGGUUUCAAUAAGUUUCUUAAUGCAUUAUUGAAGAAACUGAAAUUUAAAGAGUAUGAAAGAGAUAGAUUAACAGAUAUUUUGUGGUACUUGGGGUUUUAUGGCACUGGAGUAGUAUAUUGUGGAGCAGCAUUAUCUCAAAAUGAAGUUGAAUUAUUUAACUUUAAAAAAAUGCAAGUACCGUCCAUUAGCAACUUACCAACACAAGUGGUACUUGGAUAUACUCUGAUAUUAAUGUUUUACUUACAUUCAGCUUUUUGGGAAGGAAUUACCAAAAUGAGAAUAAUUAAUAUGCUAUCUUACUUGUUCCUAUUUUUCUUUAUGUUGUCUUCUUACAUUUUAAGGGUUGUUGAAAUCUCAUUUACACUUUCUGCUUUGAUUAGUAUUGCACAAGUUGUAUUACACAUUACAAAAGGACUGUUUGUAGUGCUAGAUCAAAGAUAUUUUUACACGAAGAUACUUAUAGCUGCUUUAUUUAUUGUAACAUUGGCUGUACACGUAGCAAUUCAUCUAAUAGUGAUACCUUUGACUUUCAUAGUACCUCUUGGCCUAAAAAUUAUUUCAGACUAUCCAAAUAUUUUACUGUUAUUUUUGUUAUUCAAUUUAAUGGGAUGGUUGGGGGCUGAAAUAUACCAAGGCGUGCUUUUUAAAUUUUUAAAUCAUUGGUUGUAUCAUGGACAAGACAUUAAAAGGAAAGACAGCAUUAGCAGUUCUGAUGGUUAUGAACAAUUGGAUAAACACCAGGGCUGUCUAAGAAGUCUAACAGAAUGUGCUUUGUUCUUGCCUAGAGAUGACCUGGCCUAUGAAAUUCAAAAAAUAAGAAAAGAAAUUGAGGAGAGAAGGGCUAGACAAUUGGCAUUGAGGAAACCAAAGAAUAUGUUUGUUCAAACGCUUAAAUGUAUGUUAACUAUUAACAAAAAACUCAAACAGAAGCGGAAGCGCCUGGAAGAUGAAUCUGAAAGUUCUGAAAAUACUGAUGAAAAUCAGCAAGAUGACCUGUUACCUGAUGAUGAACAUGGUACUCAUGAAAAUUACGAGGAAGAUGUUUUACAUAAGAAUGAACUAGGAAGUGGUGAUAAUCAAAAUAUCUUAUUAUUUAGUGAUGAUAUAGGAAUUAGUGAUAAUUCUACAGACUCUGAUGAUGUUUUAGAACAAGAUAGCAAUUUGGAACGCAAACGUGAAGAACUUAUGUAUGAAUGAUUGGAAAACGAAAUCGAUGUAUUAUGUUCUUAGUAUCUAUCCUACAGUGUUAAUGUCAUGGUAGUUUUAAUGGAAAACGGCCAAUGGAGAAACAUAAAACAUGUCAUAACCUUCAAUUUGUAAUGUCAGUAUAUGUUCCGAUGGCAUAGCACUUUACAAAGGUAAAUUAGUUGUGGAAAAGUUAGUAUUUUGGCAUAACGAAAAUCUGAAAUAAUAUUGCUUACAUAAUAUCAAAUCAAUAAAUACUCACUAGAUUGUUGUUGUAUUUUUACUUUCAUGUAUCCAGUAAGGAAAGUAUAAGAAUCAUGAUUUUUUGACGGAUCUUUACGUUUUGGGGUCUCCAUUUUCGUGAUGAUGUCUGUCUGUAUCCACGAUAACUCAAAAACGGAUAAAGAGAAAAACCAAAUUUGGAAUUUAAAACUAAUCCAUCUGGCGAAGAGAUUUUGGGCAUAGUCGGAGCAUCUGGCGGGAAGGGGAUGUCUUUAGAAAUGGUCGUUUUUCUGUUUUUAGGUAUACAAGGCGUUUAUUGAUUGCCGAUACUUGAGCUACAGGGUUUUGCAGUUUUAAGAAAAAAAUAACUUUUUUAUAAUUUUUUUAUCACUCCAGAUAUUUUUAUAAAAUUUU